CACUUGGCUAACAACACAUUCCACGUAACCACUGGUAACGGCCCCUCGUUUUCCUUUAUAUUGUGCGGUUGGUCCCUUGAAAGAGGUGAUUCUCCAUUUUCCAAGAAUUACGCAUCGUCUUUAGACCGCGGUUUCUGUGCUACGCCUGCUCCCAGCGAUCAAUUGAAAGCAGAGCACAGGAGGCUGAGCGUGUCAAACCGACGAGAUAACUCAUCCUUGUCUCAUGAGACUCGUGUGGCUGUAAAUACAAUCGAAAUAGAGACAUGGUUCCAUAUUGUGAGCAGCCAGGCGGCGGCCAACUCGGUUUCGGACCAAAUGAUCGCUUCUCAGUUGGUAUAUCUACAGGAGGCAUAUAAAAAUGCCACUAUAUCCUAUCGUCUCAAAGGUAUCACUCGUCAUGUGAAUGAUACGUGGGCCCAUAACCAGGAUGACAUUGCAAUGAAGAGCGCUUUGCGCAGAGGGAGUUAUAGCACUCUUAAUGUUUAUUUCCAGACAGAUCUUCAGCUCUCAGCCGAUGGAGGCGCUCGAGCGUUGCAAGACGAUGUUGCGCGACAAGUGGAUUCCCCAUCGUCCAGCGUUCUCGGUUUCUGCACUUUACCUGACCCAAGCAUAAAUGCAAGUAGCCCGCGCUCCACAUACAUCAAGGACGGCUGCAAUGUCUUAGCCAAGACUAUGCCUGGAGGUUUGUUGCCGCAUUACAAUCGAGGCGGAACUGCUGUGCACGAGAUAGGGCACUGGAAUGGACUCCUACAUACGUUUGAAGGAGACACUUGCUCAUCCAGUAGCGAGGGCGACUACAUUGAUGACACUCCGCAGCAGUCCGAGCCGACGAAUGGAUGCCCUGCGCAAAAAGAUUCAUGUCCAGAACUUCCUGGCUUGGACGCAAUCCACAAUUAUAUGGACUAUUCCUCUGAUGACUGUUACGAGAAUUUCACACCGAACCAAGUCGAGAGGAUGAGGAAUAUGUGGUCUUCCAUGAGGGCAGGAAAGUGACGCUGCCUUUUGACGGUUCGAUAUUUGGACGGGGCGAAUGGAGCUCCUGCACAUAAUAACACCACAGAUGGUCACAACAGUCGCCAAGAAUCAACAGUGGUAACCGAUUCUUGAAGUCCGGCAUGGCAGUGUUUCAUUUUUGGCA